CCCGCGAGCACGCGUCCCUCGCCCUCGCCGCGCGUCGUCGAUCUUCGGCUUGCGGUUCCCUUCGCGCUCCCCUCCCGCCUCGCGCCCAACAAGUGGCGGAGCCGGGCUCACACCGAGUCCCGCGUCCCGAGGAAUUACUUCAAAGUUGUGCGCACUUUCUCACGAGUUACGGCGCGAUCGCGUGUUCGGAAAACUUUUGUGUCGGAGAACGUGUAGCCUGUGAUCAGCCGGAGUCGAUGCACCUGCCGCACGCGCCGCCGCCCAGCAUGACGGACGUGUACACCCACAUCCACGAGUACUACCGGCAGAGCCACGGCGACCUGGUGCAGACGGGCUCGCCGGCGGUGCUGUGCUCGGCGCUGCCGGGCCACUGGCGCUCCAACAAGUCGCUGCCGGUGGCGUUCAAAGUGGUGGCGCUGGACGACGUGCAGGACGGCACGUUGGUGACCAUCAAGGCGGGGAACGACGAGAACGUGAUGGCCGAGAUGAGGAACUGCACCGCGGUGAUGAAGAACCAGGUCGCCAAGUUCAAUGACCUGCGGUUCGUGGGCCGCAGCGGCCGCGGCAAGUCGUUCUCGCUGACCAUCACCAUCAGCACGUUCCCCAGCCAGGUCGCCACGUACACCAAGGCCAUCAAGGUCACCGUCGAUGGACCUAGAGAACCCAGAACUAAACAGAAUUAUGGAUAUGGUCAUCCCGGAGCGUUUAACCCGUUCCUCCUAAAUCCCGGGUGGUUAGACGCCGCCUACUUGAAUUACGCCUGGGCAGAUUACUUCAGGCCAACGUUGCGAGAACAGUCCCCACUUGUUAAAGGAGGACCGACACCGAUAACGACGCCACCGGUCGGGCUGCCGGGCGCCGAGCUGUUCCCGUUCCCGCCUGCGAUGGCCAGCCUCCCGCCGGCUGGUCUCAUCCCCCCACCUGGAGCGUUCCUGCCGCCGAACGGACUUCUCCCGUUCCCGCCGCACCCGGCGGAGCUCGCGCUGAAAGGCCUACCACAGGAGCUGGUGCUGAAGAAUGGCAGCAACCCAUACGAUGCGUUGAGACAUUUACAAAGUAAUAUUUCUCCAAUGGAUACGUCGAGUGCUCGACUAUCACCCACGAGCAGCAGGCAGAGCGUCAGUCCAAGAAGUAUGUCCAACGUCAGCCCGCGAUCGAAAGCGGACUCGAAGUCGGAAGCGAACUCUUUACACGAUGCGACGAUAUCGGACGAAUCGGACGACGAGCAAAUCGAGGUGGUGAAAUCGGCGUUCCAUCCAACGCGACCCGCCAACGUGGAGCUCCAGGAAAUGAAGCAGGUCCAGGCCGCCGACUCAACGGUGUCGGACCGACCGAGGCGCAGGAACGAGCUGAAGGCACCCUCACAGAGAACGACACGAGUUCUCUCCACGAGUCCGACGUCGACCAAAAUCGGUGCCGAUGGCAUACCCACUACAAAAUCAGUGUGGCGGCCAUAUUGACAAUAUAGUGCUAGUGAAUCCGUGUUUGCGGAGUUAUAAAUGUGAUAAAACGAGCUUGUAUAUAAACUAUGAAGAUAAAAUAUAUGUCAGAUAUUUAUUAUGUA